AAGCGAACCCGCCGAACCGAACUAAAAUGCAAUAUGGCCGUCUAAAAUCAACAUGGCCGUAGUAAUGAGUUCCGUUCAACGAGUAAAGUGGAGCAAAGUGAAGUGAAGCAAAGCUUACGAGCAAGCGAGCGUCAACCGAGCAUCAUUCUCGUUAUCUGGACACCAGUAGCUGUUCCAGCUUUCGACUCUACACCAGCCUUCGACACCAGAAGAGUUAUAGAAUAAAGAUGCUGUGGCUGCAUUUGGAAACAUCACCUGAGUGCUCUCGGAUAUCAUUCUAUGAUAGAAUGAUACCCAAGAGCACUCGGGUGACGUUUCUGAACGCAGCCUGUCGGAAGAGUUAAAUGAGGGAGCUACAAUUACAACCAAGAAAAAGAAAUCUAUGAUCACAUUACUUAGCCUGUUGCAAGUUGCAAAGAAGCAGCUGAUUCCACGUGGAUGUAAGAAAGAGCCUACAAUUAGUUGAAAUACGAGAUAUAACGCAUUUGAAUAAGAUAUAUUGAAUAUAUUACUGUUGUGACAAUGAUUUAAGUUAUUUGGCAACUUAUUUAUAAUAAGUAUUAUGUACGAAUUCUAUGAGAAAAAUCUAUAAAUCAUACAUUGUUGCUAUAAAUUCUGAAGCAUUUUAAUUGGAUAUGUUUAAUUUUAGUUAAGUAAAACUGAAUAAAAAGUAAUACAUUAACGCGCACGUAUACGUUGAAUUGUAUACAAAUAUUUUUACAGCGAAUAUUUUUAUAUGCAUUGAAUGGACACGCGACUUAAGUUUUUACGCUAGUGAAUACUUUUCUCCAAAUAUUUUUCUAUGUAAUGUUUUAUAUGCAAAUUAUAACAUUUUAUGUUUGUACUAAAUAUGUAAUAAAACAUGUGAAAUAAAUAAGUUCAAAAAUUUUAUUAAAUAUUAUUAAUUUGGACGUGUACAUGUGUGCAUGUGUGUACGUGUGGGUCAAUGGAAGGGAAGGGGAGUGAGGUGAAAGGGGAAAGAGCGGCCAUAUUGCAUUUUAGUUCGGUUCGGCUGGUUCGCUUGCAGCGGCGGCGCCACAACCGCUGUUCACGAAAAAAGCAUGGGAGAUUACAGCCCCUGGUCUCAUCGCUGCCCAUCCAAGCCCAUCCCAUCGCGUCCAUAGCGUCACUUCUGAAGUUCUGAAUUGUUCUGCGAGUUUCCGUGCUAUUCUCUAACGUGUUUUUAUCAAAUUGCGAUUUUUAAAGCAAAACGUGAAACGUCAUGGGUUGCGAUGGUGGCACUAUUCCUCGCAGAGACGAGCUCGUGAGAGUGAAGAAGAAACCAGAACAAAAAGACAAGGAAGCAGAGUUAGCGUUCAAGUGGAAGCACUGUACGAUACGACAAUUACCAUUGCAAUCACCAGUUGUGGGUUGUAGCUUAGGUCGUCUGUACAGCAAGGAAUCAGUAUUGGAAGGUCUUUUGGAUCGUAAUACUCUCCCAGAAUCUGCCAUACACAUUAAGAACUUGAAAGAUGUGAGGAACCUUAAUUUGACAUCAAACCCAGCAUUUAAUGGUGAUAAGGCUGAGAAAGGUGAUGGUUACAAUGACAGUGGCAAAAGCCCAUAUAUUUGUCCAGUCAUUGGUUUGGAAAUGAAUGGAAAAUACAAGUUCUGUUUCUUGUGGUCAUGUGGAUGUGUAAUGAGCGAACGCGCCCUCAAAGAAGUAAAGAGUACAUCAUGUCAUAAAUGUCAGCAACCAUAUGAAGAGAUGGACAUAGUCAUAUUAAAUGCGGAAGGUGAUGAUCUGGAGCUCAUGAAGGAACGAGUGGCACUUAGGAAAGCUAGUAAAAAAAAGUCUAAGAAGAAAAAGUUAAACGAUGACAUAACAACAGAAGAAAAGACAGACGAAGUAUCCAAGAAGAAGAUGAAAAAGGAGGAGAAAAUCCCUAAAUUAAACAACAAUCAUAAAGAGGCUAAUGAUCCUGCUUAUAAAAAGGCUAAAAGCGAUUACAGCGUUGCAAAGGACCCCAAAGCGUCGGAAGUCUUCAAAAGCAUUUUUACCACUCAUAAAUCUGCUACAGAGCAAGAUAGAGCACACUGGGUUACUUAUAAUCCAUUUUACAAUUGAUGUGUAUAACGUAGAAAUAGAAAUUAUUUCCUCACAGAGGAAAAAAUGUAAAUAAUAACAAAAUUUAAUAAUUUACUUUAUAUAUUUUAACAUGUGUAAGUAACCGAAAUGUUUAAUGUUAUCUCAUUAGAUUAAUAAAAAUAAACUCAAUAAAUCACCUAUAAUUUUAAUAUCAAAA